CACAGUUUUGUUGCUAAGAAAUAUUUGAAAGUGGUGAUAAAAAUUGGCACAAGGCAUAAGAUUAAGAUGUAAAUGUAAGAAAAGAAUACAAUGAAUGUUAUAGUAUAGGCAUAGGUGAAAGUAGCAUAUAUAGUAUUAUAUUAUAUAGGCUAUUAUAGUUAUAGGAUAGGACAUAGGCCUUUCAAUAUACAUAGGCCAUAGGAGUUAGAAGGCAAGGCUAAUAAUUAACUGGAAAAAAAAAAAACACCAAGUGAUCUUUACUUUACUAACUUAAGUUUAAGAAAGUCUAAUCUAAUGAGUCAGUUGGACUGAGGUACACUACUUUUAAUAAUUUAUAGAACGCUGGCCUGGAGUACUUAUGAAGUAUAAACAGAGGCAUCACUAGCGUGGUUGUCACCCUGUGAGGACGUCACCCUGUAUCCUCACACCCAACCCCCUCCCCAGUGACGCCACUGCCUAUAAAUAUUUAAUUAUACUUACUUAGUAUUGUCUGCCUUCUAAUUACCUGUACCCUGCCACUAAUAAUUAUAAAAAAUUUGUAAUCUCAAUUUAAUAUUUUUUUUGACACACAAAAAAAUAAAUCUUCAGAAACUUUUUUUAUUUACAGCAUGAACUUUUGUGAGCUUUACAAGAGCACUUUUAUUUAAAAAUGAUAUUAAUAAUAAUUAAACAACCCCUAAAAGCAAAGCUUUGUGUAUAAUUCCUUUAUAUUAUAAAGUAAUACUGAGCAAUGGGAGGGAGGACUCAAAAGUUGACAAAACAUGCAUACAUGUUAUGCACUUUAUUAGACUCUCAAUUAGCGCCCCCUCUCUCCCUCCCCAAGGCUUGCAACAGCACAUUUUUUUCACAUGUCUGAACUUUAUAAUAUCUAAUGACCCACCCACUUUUACACCACAGAUAUAUUUCACCAACUAUUUCAUAAAAGUAAAAAAGAGAAUGUUAGGCACCAAACACACUUGCAAUAAUUUUUUAAAGAAUCUCAUUUAGUACAGUUGUUGGGAAUUUUAUUUUGUGAAACCAGUGUCAUCAUAUUUCCUUUAUCUUCCCCUUGAAAAACAGGGUAAACUGAUUGGGAGGCUGAAAAUUUGAUAGAAUGUGUUGUCAUUGGCCACUAGUCUAUGUGUCAAAUUACAGCUGGAUAUGUUGAUGGGAAGUGGUCCAAUUAGCUGCUUUCAGAAACACACAAUCAAAAGUGAAAUUAAUAUGAAAGAUUUAAAAUCUUGCUUUCUGAUGAACACAACGACUUAAUUAAUUUAUUUCAAAUUAUUUAUCAAAUUUCACUUUAAAAAUAAUAUAUUACUAAAUAAUUAUGGUAAUACUCUUGUAAUUAGAUAAACCUACCAAAAUUGUUUUUAUGUACUGACACCUCUGAAAGGAAGGUAACAAGCUUAUAAUUUAUAAUUAAAUAAUUAAAAAACCGAUAUGAUCAAUAAUUAUUAAUGAUCUAAAAUACAAUAUUAACCAAAUUAAUGAUAUUAUAAGGCAUCUUUCACUUUAAGGUUUAGGUCCAGUCUCAUCCCCAUUUUCAUUUCAAUAGGUCUUAAAUUAUUAAAAACGUCAAUGCUCAUCAUAGUAUCAUAGGGUCAUAGUGUUACCACAAUUGAAUGUAAACUAACCUGACCAGUGUCAAAAUUAAUUAUUUUCACUGUGAGUCAGUUAACUUUUUUGCAUGUUAUCUCAAGAUGGUACUUCCCAACACUUUGAGCUGACAGCCAUAUUUUUCAAAUAACAAAAUACACCCCCUCCUCCACCUUUCCCCCCCACUCUGAAAUCAUUUUACUACCCCUUUGGAGAUCAAAAACCAUUUUUUGAAAAAAAAAUUUGCGCUAAGAUAAGCCAAAUUUCCUUUUUUAAAGAAAUAGUUGUCCAUUUUUCCAUUAAAUAUUGUUCAAAUACAACUUAAUUUUAAAUGCUUGCUGUUUAUAAUUGAAUUGGAAUAAACAUUAAAUAAAACUCAAGCAUUAAUAUACAAUUUCAAGACUUUUUAUGAAACAAUUACAAAUUGAAUUUUUUUACAGUGCUACAGUUCUAGUCAACAAUAUAUGGUCAUGUUUGAACCGAAAGAUGAGUUGAUACCGGCAGAUCAGUUGAUACAGGCAAUUAAAAGAGAUGACAGUAAAACAGUUAAUAGGUUGUUAAAAAAACAAAUUUGCAUUCCUGAUCUUCGAAUCAAUGAUGAUGGACAAACACCUUUAAUCCUUGCAGUCACUCAUAAGAAGAUCAAAUGUGUUGAAGUGCUUCUCAAAAGGAAGGCCAAAGUGGAUGCGGUCGACAGGACCGGCAUGACUGCCGCCAUGUAUGCAGCAGACAGAGGCCACCUGGAUAUCCUUCAGCUGAUGAAAGGGAAAGCCGACUUCAACAAAGCAGACAGUGAGGGCGCUACCGCACUUAUGCUCUCUUGCCAGUGGGGUUAUGAUGAGUGUGUUCAGUUUUUUAUCAACCAUCAGUGUGAUGUCAAUCAAAGGGACAGAAACGGCAAGACAGCCCUAAUGUAUGCUGCUGCUGAAGGUAAAAUACAUUCUGUCAAAUGUUUAUUGAAUUCGAAAUCAGAUGUGAAUGCUAUAAGUUCAGAGAAAUACACAGCCCUCAUGUAUGCUCUAAAAAACAAGGAGAUUGAGACUGCUAAACUGCUAAUCAAUCGAGGGGCAAAAGUUGACAGGAUGGGAUCUGAUGGUAAGACAUCGUUAACAUACGCCUUUCAAAAUUGCUUAAGUGAUUUCACAAUUGUUGAGUGUGUACUCAAGAAUGGAGCAGAUUUGACGCUGUCAAAAACAGAUCAGUCCUACCUUCAUGAAAUGGUUGCGCGUGGUGAGGCUAAGAUUGUGAGGCUCAUGGUUAUUAACGGGUGUCCUCCAUUUGAUAGAAGAUGCUCUGAAAGUUGUUUCAACUUCAAUCACCAUGAGAUGCCAAUUUCGCCAUUGUGUGUAGCCUUAUUGUCGGGUCAUGAUGACAUAGCUCAGUACUUCAUCGUGAAUAAAUUUUUUACCUCUUAUGACAUGUUUACUCUGUCAAAUGAAUCGGAGCUCAAAAUAAAACUGGAAGACGAAGUUUGUGAUGCCCCAUCUGUACUUGAUUGCCUUCCAUGGUUUAGCCCACAUUCACUUUCCUUGCUUUCCUUUGUUUUUAUUUGUGGUGUAUUAACUUUACGACCGUGUUCAACUCGCGUCAAUAAGGAAAAGGAAGUGAUGACAUUUAAAUUGCCACAACAAAUCACUGACCAGUUACUGUUUCAACAAAAGUCCGUUCAUCUUUGCACUCUUUCGUGGCAUGAUAUUUCUUUAGCUGCAGACCAAGAUUUGGAAGACUGUCAUUGUAUAGACUGUGAGGACGAAAGGACAAGAGGAAUAAGCCACAGACAAAUGGGUGGACAAAAAAUAAAGUUGCCUGGUUGAAAGUGAAGGGGUGGGCGGCAAAGGAAAACUGACCUGCUAUCUUAACCUAUCCAAGUUGUUACCAUUGGCUGUGUUAAAAUAAUGUUAGCAUAAAGUUCAACAAAUUCCAUUACGGCAGUUAGGGGAACUGUUGGUUUUGAAAAUUUUGAGUACAAACAAGUUGAUGAAUUGUGGAAAGUUUGAAUUUUGAAAGAAGAGAGAAGAGAGGUCAAACUAAUCUGAAUUUGCUUUAAGUUCUCAAGCUUGUAUUACAUCAAAUUCAGAACCAAAUAAAGUGCUUUAAGAUUUUUGUCUACUGGUAAAGUUAUAAACUUGUACAUUUAUACCAGGUAGAGAUUUUCUUAAAAUGUAUAUUCUUUUGACAUCACUUAAGUUUUUCUGUUUACAGUAAGGGCCUCAGAAUUUUCAAUCACAAAAUUAAAUUUAAUUUUUAUUAUUGUUCUAGGCAACAUGAUUUAAAAAUCACUUUUGUUCUUAAUAUCAAAUAGAAUUGUGAAAAGCAUGUUAGCUGUAAACAUGCACAAACUAUUAAAUAGCCAGGAAACCCAUUGAAAAGCAAAUCUGAUUACGGUUAUUACAAGUAUAAUUAAUAUUAAAUCUAGUGUUAUUGGGUUUAAAAGUUAUUUAAUGAUUAUGUCCCUGUGAAAAUUUGAGGACCUUUGUAUUAUGUAUGAGGCAUCAUCCAAGAGGCAAAGUGACUGUUCAAAUGUAUAUAUAUUUCAUGUUUUUUUAUAUCAUCAGUGGUAAUUAAUUAUAACAUUUUGGACUGCGA